AUGGAUUAUAAGCUUUGCUCAGUGAGGUUCGAUCUCCAAGGAAUCCGCAAUGUCUUGGUCGAUGUAUCUGUAAAGGAAAUAGAAAGACUUAAUCACAACGAGAUAUCUAGGGUGUUUCACUGCGACGGUUUAGUGUUAUGCUUCACUAAAUACCAUGAGAAUGAGAAGGUCUUGUUGUGGAAUCCGUAUUUGGGGCAAACAAGGUUGAUUGAACGAAACUUCAAAACCACUGACAAGUAUGCGCUUGGAUACGACAGCAACGGUAGCCAUAAGAUGUUGAAAUUUUUUUAUUGUCAGCCAGCUGUUUUUGAGUAUGAGAUCUACGAUUUUAGCUCCCAUUCGUGGAAGGUUCUUAGUAUAACUUGCGACUGGAGUAUUCCACAUCACCAACUCGGCGGCAUGUCUUUGAAGGGAAACGCUUACUUUGUUGUGAAGGAUGUAAGAAUACGACAUAGUGAAGUAGCUUGGUUUUUAAUUUGUUUUGAUUUUACAAGAGAGAGACUUGGACAGUUGCUGCCUCUUCCGUUUCAUUCUUACACUUAUGGAUAUCCUGUGACGGUGACUCUGUCCUGUGCUAGGGAAGAGCAUCUCGCGGUGCUCAAUCUAGAGAUAGAAGAUAAGAUACUGGAGAUUUGGGUUACAAAUAAGAUUUGA